UCCCGUUAUCCCCCGCGCUCAGAGCGGCGCUAUGGAGGUAGAGGCAGCCAUGUUGUAGCUGCAAAGCGGCGUCAGCGUCAGAGGCUACGGAACCGAAACACAGGAGAGUUGCUCCAGAACCCUCGUCUGCUGACCGCGCGGCUCGGAGCCACCGACCCCUUCCCAUUUCUCUUCCCAGAGACGAGAAGCAGGCGCCAUCAUGAGCGGCGGAACGCCUUAUCUGGGUAGUAAGAUCAGCCUGAUCUCCAAGGCCGAGAUUCGCUACGAAGGAAUCCUGUACACCAUCGACACGGAGAACUCCACCGUGGCCCUGGCUAAAGUCCGCUCCUUUGGUACCGAGGAUCGCCCGACGGACCGGCCCAUUCCUCCCCGGGACGACAUCUUUGAGUACAUCAUCUUCAGGGGCGGCGACAUCAAGGACCUGACGGUGUGUGAGCCGCCCAAACCGACAUGCUCACUUCCCCAGGACCCCGCCAUUGUCCAGUCCUCCAUCAGCACCAGCUCCUCAUCAGCGGCGGCCUCGGCUCCGACUCCGUUCCAGUCCUCGGGGUCCUACGGCCUCUUCAGCAGAGCUCCGGUCCCCGCCUACAACCAGUUCAGCACCAGCCCCCUGGUCUCGCCCCAGUUUGGACCUGUUGGUGUGGGGCGCUCCACUGCCACCUUUGUGAACUCCAGUCUGAGUGGUUCUGACUCGCGGUCGGUGGGAACUUUCACUGAAGGCCGCAGCAGUCCUGGUCUGGAAGCUCUCAGGAAGAGUCCCACCCUGGAUCAGGUGACCCAGAGCGGCCCGUCUGUCCCGGCCUCCAGCACCACGGCUCCGGCCCCUGGACUGGGUCGUAGGAGCCCCCCCCAUGGCCGCACCGCCCCUGCUGGUCCCUCUCAGAGCAGCCAGAAGGUUCAGCAGCAGGACGGAGUGGACAGGAUGAGGGGAUCAGACGUCCAGAGCAGAGCUGAGGGCGAGCAGGCGCGAGGAGAAGGCAGGGAGGCCAGUAAACGCUCCACAGCCGCUGCCGGCGGAGCGCCAAGCCGACGCGGCCGAGGAGGCGGGCACCACGGGAGGGGCCGCUUCAACGUGCGCCGGGACGGACCCAUGAAGUUCGAGAAGGACUUCGACUUCGAGAGCGCCAACGCGCAGUUCAACAAGGAGGAGAUCGAGAGGGAGUUCCAGAGCAAGCUGAAGCUCAAAGAUGAGAAGUCGGAGAAAGCGGUAAACGGAGAAGAUAAGGCAGACUCUGGAGUGGAAACCCAGAACAGUGAGGGCAACAACGAGGAAGAGGGCGACCCGCUGGGCCCAAACUGCUACUACGACAAGUCCAAGUCAUUCUUCGACAACAUCUCCUGUGACGACAUGAGGAAAGCGGCGGAAAGGUCCGGAGCCUCAGGUUUCCCUCGGGAGCGCCGUCAGACCUGGGCGGAGGAGAGGAGAAUGAACGCCGAGACCUUCGGCAUCCCUCUGCGUCACGGCCGAGGCCGCGGAGGUUACCGAGGCCGCGGGGGGAUGGGCUUCAGAGGAGGCCGGGGACGUUCGGCCAGCCGGGGGUCUUUUGGUCCCCCUCAGGGCGGCGGCUUCAGGGGAGGAUACAGAGGAAACCAGGCGGGCCGUGAAUUCGCCAACCUACCCUACAGGAAGGACAACAAAGCGGCGGCGUAGUGUCGACAGCGGGAGGAGGCUCCGUGAAGCGGGAACUUCUUCCGUGGAAAGCAGCAAAGCUUCGGUUCCGUUCUGUCCACUAAAUUCCUGAAGAUUGUCUCCUCGUCGUUUCCGUCACCAGCACUGGAGUAGACUCUAAACGCAGCUUACCGUUCCGUCUGUCUCAGACCGCCGUGAUACUGAUGCAGUUAGAAAAAGCGAUCCCCUCUAAAUGUUCCGGUGUCUCAGCUCUGGACGCUCUCGUAGCUUUAUCAGGGUUCGUCCUGCAGAGGGCGCUGCAGGCGCUCUAAAACCUGGAUUUAUUUUUUUCUUCUACCAGUAUAUCAUGCGACGUGGGCGACGACUCGCUGAGCUCGUGUUCGUCACUCCUGCACUUGUUGGCCUUUUGUAGCUCUGACGGUCUCUCCUCCACCUGUCUAACAUCACUGGUGUUUCUGGUUGUCGUGUUCCUAACUCCCCACUUCACACACAUCGCUCCUCUGUUUGGUCUUCUUACUGCAGGUUCACCUUCGGUUCAUCUCUUGAGCUGUUUAGUUCAGAAUUAAACCUCCAGAACAGUGUUACGUUAAAGCCAAUAUUAAAACUCGGCACAGAAACCAUCUGCUCACCAUAAAGUCCAGAUGAAGGACUUUUUUUUUUUUUUUUUUUUUUUUAAGUUAUUGGGUUGACAAGAAAUAAGUCUUUCAAAUCACAUAAAACAAAUUCCUUUAAACCAGUAACUCCUUUGAGAGUUUAGAGUUUAAGAGUAGAGAAACAAUCUCCUCUACUGGGUUUGGAGCACAGAACUAAAUGUUUUUUUUUUUUUGUUUCCUGAUCAGUUUUAAUUUGGGUCCAUUUGGGAUUCCCACCUGGAACCAGCCAGCCGGCCUCAUUCCUCGCCCUGUUACAGUCUUCAUGAAGCCACUAGCGUCGCCCCGCAGCACUGCAUGCCGGCCGGCAGGAAGUGAUGUCACAAGUAAACGGAGCUGCGCAUUGUAGCAUCAUCAGUCAGCAAUACCCCCCCGCGUUUGGUUUCUAAAACACGUUCGGACCCCCGCAGGUUUCUCAGCCUCUGAGUCGGUCCUGCCGGGCCAGAACCCCGCACGCACCGACCCAGACCGCAGCACGAUCAGAACCUCUUAUUGAUGUCAGGUGUGUUUUUAAUGCCGCUGCUGCUCGCUCGGAUCUUUAUGGUUUUCAGAGAUCAGAGAUCAGAACAUCCAGCUAGCGCUGUGACGUUUAGUGAUCCUGUCGGCUGAUCCGAUCAGAACAUUUUGUUAAAUAACGGGUGGUUGUUGCACCCCUGAGCUUGGUCUCUUGACCCAGAGUCCUUUUUUUUUUUUUUCUGCUUUGAUUCGGACAGCAAACCUGUAGAUUCUCCUGAACACUUCCCAUGAUCCGACAUGCAGAGCCACCUUUAAACUGUGCUCAGGAAACAGGAGAGGACCGGUCCAAAAGGCGGUUCCAUUCAGAUAAAAAAGAACUGUUUCAGACAUUAAGGUUCUUAACUGAAUGUUGGUUUUGAUUUGCUGAGGAAAACAUUUUGUUCUGGUGUGUUCAGUGAAAGAUUCUGGUUCCAGUCUUGGACCCACACCUGGGGAAAAAGUGAUCUUUUAAACGAUGCAUUGUAAAAUAAAGAACUUAAAUAAAGACACUAAGUUUGCAUAAAA